AUGCAGGAUCGAUUUACAAAAUGGUUAGAAGCUCGCACACUGCGACGCGCGACCGCGAAAAACGUAGUAGAAAAACUUACGGGGGCAGUCAUAUUACAACACGGGUGUCCGGAAGAAAUACUGUCGGACAACGGCACCCAGCUGCGGUCAUCCCAACUCAAAGACCUACUUGCCGGAAACGGCAUCCGUCACCGCCUUACGCCGGCCUAUGCGCCCCACUGCAAUCCCGUCGAGAGAACCAACCGGGUCCUGAAAACAAUGAUCUCACAGUACGUCCGGCGAAAUCACCGCGCUUGGGACGAGCAUAUUGGUGAACUCCAAUUCGCAUACAAUACCGCAAAACAUGACGCCACCGGGUAUACACCGGCGUAUCUCAUGUACGGGCGCGAGCUUAGGCGGCCGACCGAGCCCCCCACCGAAACCGAACGGCCACGUCCUCACGCGCUGCAGAAACGACUCCGAGAAACACACGAAUUCGUACGCAUACAGAACGCGCGUGCCUUUCAGCGGCAGGAAAAAUAUUAUAACUUGCGCCGCCGCAAUUGGCAACCAAAACUAGGGGAAUGGGUAUGGAAGCACGACCACCCCCUCUCAAAGCGCGCCGAGGCCUUCAAUGCGAAAUUAGCCCCAAAAUUUAUCGGACCCUUAGAGGUCCGCCGCAUUAUCUCACCCGUAAUUGUCGACCUACGCAGUAAAGGGGGAAAAUGGUAUCGACACACACACGUACAGGACCUGAAGGCCACCGAUUCCCAUCGGCACUCCAGCGGUGGAGAUGAAAACACGGACGACGAACGUUAA